CACCGCUCAAGGUGCACACGUUCUUUUUUUCAAUCAUUUGCCAACCAAACGCUGAAAGGUUCACCCGAAUUCCGUUGUCUAUUAAAAUUAAUUAUUUUAGUUUAUACUACCAAAAGCUGAGUGAUUUCCUCAGUUAUUACGAAAAAUAAAAUUUUUAAAUUAGUGCCUUGUGAAACAGUAAUGAUUAUGAGAGACGUUUCGGAUAAAAUGCAGAAAUUACUGUAUUUAUGGGUUGGUGCUAUUUUGUUGGUUUCUUCAACAAUUGCAUUCAAACCUUUAGUGAAAAUUCAUAAUGGCACUUUAGAAGGUACCAUUAUGAAAUCUAGAUAUGGACGAGAAUUCAUUGGAUUUAGAGGAAUACCGUAUGCGUUGCCUCCUUUGGGGGAUUUACGAUUCGAGCCCCCAAAACCUGCAGUUGGAUGGAAUGGUGUAAGAUCCGCUAAAGAUGAUGCGGAAAUCUGCACGCAAAGGAAUAUCUACACACAUCAAGAGGAAAUUGUUGGCGUAGAAGAUUGUUUAUACUUAAAUGUAUACACUCCACGCCUACCCGGCAAAAACAAAGAAAAUUACGGGGCAUUUCCUGCGAUGAUAUGGUUUCACGGUGGUGGAUGGGUAACAGGAGCAGGACAUUCUGAUUUUUAUGGUCCUAAAUUUUUACUGGAUCACGAUGUUGUACUAGUAACUGUUAAUUACAGAUUGGGCCCACUCGGAUUUCUGAGUACGGAAGAUCUCGUCACCCCAGGCAAUCAGGGUAUGAAGGAUCAGGCACAGGCCAUUCGUUGGGUUCACGAGAACAUCGCUUCUUUCGGUGGUGAUCCAAACCGAGUUACUUUAUUUGGUGAAAGCGCCGGAGGUGUUGCAGUACAUUAUCAUAUGAUUAGUCCCCUGUCCAAAGGUCUUUUUCAGCGAGGCAUUUCUCAAAGCGGUACUGCACUUUGCCCGUGGGCUCUGACUCGCCCUGGCUUAGCUAAAAACAAAGCCCAACGAGUAGCUGAGCUUUUAAAAUGUCCAAAAGAUGAUACAAUUAAGCUCAUUGAAUGUUUAAAAACGAAAAGUGCAGUUGAUAUUAUUGGCACCGAUCGAGAAUUUCAGGUGUUUGACUACUGCCCGAUGAUACCAUUUAGGCCAGUUAUAGAACCUGAUCAUCCAGGAGCAUUUUUAAAAGAAGAUCCAGCAAUUUCUUUAAAGAACGGAAAUUUAGCGGACAUAAACUGGAUGACUGGUGUAACCUCGCAUGAAGGUGCUAUUCGAGUUGCAGGCUUGUAUGGAUUAAACAAUGGUGAAUUGGUAUCAAGACUUCACACAGAUUUUGAAAAAAUUGCUCCAGUAUCUUUGUUAUUUGAAGAUACUUGUCCAGAGUAUAAUCGUAAAAAUGCCACUGACCAAAUUAGAAAAUUUUAUUUUGGUAAUAAAUCAAUUGAUAAAUCAACCAGAGCUCAAGUUACAGAUAUGUAUUCUGAUGCUUGGUUUUACAUUGCUGCUGACGAAGCAGUCCGUGAUCAUUUAAAAUUAUUUUCCUCGCCAGUUUAUUACUAUUACUUUGCGUAUCGGGGCAGCGUCUCAUUCAGCAAAAUAUUCGGCGACGAAAAUGAAGAUUACGGCGUUUCGCAUGCUGACGAUUUACAAUACCUUUUCCCAGUGGGUGAGCAGCUAUUCAAAGACACGCCACUGAGCAAAGAGGACAAUCGCAUUAUUGAUAUUGUCACGGCUCUUUGGUACAAUUUUGCUGAAACUGGAAAUCCUACUCCAGAAAUUACAAAAGAUACCCCUGUGAAAUGGAAACCAGUUCAUACGCCAGAGUUGGAAUAUUUACACAUUGGAAAUUCAAAAGAAGUAUAUAUGUCCAAAAAUCUGCUGCCGGAAAGAACUAAAUUUUGGGUUGAUUUGAUGCCAUCUAUUAGAAAUUUAAAAGGGGUCAACUAUCAUUAUAAACCUAUAAGAGAUGAAUUAUAAAUUGCUAAAUUAUUUUAUUCCUUAUAUUAAAAACCCUUGAAUCCAAUUCAAUACAUUUAGUUUAACAUUAUAAGUAUUUUUAGACAUGUUUUAUAUGAUAUUCAUAUUAAUAGCCGUGUAUAAGUUUUAUUUUUAAAUAAAAACAGAUUAAAACCAA